AUGCAAAAGGAAUUCAAUCCAAUCCAUCAUUAUGAUAAACAAUUAAUUACAAAUAAAGAUCAUAUUAAUAAUAAUAGUAAUAAUAGUAAUCGUAGUAAUAGUAAUGUUUCCGGGUCAUUACUGACACCUCAUCCCAUUGUAACCAUAGCAACAAACCAUAAUGAUCGUACAAGAAUACAACACCACAAUAUGCAUGAUCCUUAUUAUAAAUUAUUAAUGAUAUGGAAUAGUAUAAUUACAAUUUUAUUGAUUAUUUUUAUAAUUCUUUUCUAUUUUCAUUAUUAUUAUAAAUUGAAUAAAAAAUUACAAUGGAUAGAAGAAGAAUUAAUCAAUAAUUUGGAAUAUAAUGAUCCUGAUCAUGUUUAUCAUGAUUUGCAUCAUGAUCCUCCUCCUCCUAAUCAUCUUGAUCAUCAUAUUAAUAAUAAUAAUAAUAAUAGUUAUGAUCGCGAUCAAAGAUUAUUGUUAACAACAAUAGAUACUAAUAUUUGGAAUGAUGAAAGACAUGGUAAUCAUAAAGGAGAUGAUCAUCAAUAUCCACUGAAGAAAUCAUUAUUAUUUAAUAGGAGAAAGAGUAAUAAAUUAUGGCCAUCGAUGAAUGUUAAACCAAUAAUCAAUAAUUUGGAAUAUAAUGAUCCUGAUCAUCUUUAUCAUGAUUCGCAUCAUGAUCCUCCUCCUAAUCAUCUUGAUCAUCAUAUUAAUAAUAAUAAUAAUAAUAGUUAUGAUCGCGAUCAAAGAUUAUUGUUAACAACAAUAGAUACUAAUAUUUGGAAUGAUGAAAGACAUGGUAAUCAUAAAGGAGAUGAUCAUCAAUAUCCACUGAAGAAAUCAUUAUUAUUUAAUAGGAGAAAGAGUAAUAAAUUAUGGCCAUCGAUGAAUAUUGAUAUGUUUCGUGAUAUUUGUCGUGGUCUAUCAAUUGAUUGUAAUGAAAUGAAAUUUUAUGAAGGUAAACCCGGACCUCCAGGACCCCCAGGGGAACCAGGGAAACCGGGACCACCAGGACCACAAGGGCCAAUUGGACCACCUGGACCAUCAGGUGAACCCGGUACACCAGGUGCAAGAGGACCUCAAGGUGAACCAGGACCCCAAGGACCACGUGGUCUACGUGGAUUAAUUGGUCUUCAAGGUCCAAAAGGUCCUCCUGGUCCAAUUGGACCACCUGGGAAAGAUUCUCCACCUCAUACAUGUAACGUAUUAUGUGAAAAAGGAAAAUAUCGUUAUGGUAAAGAAGAAUCAGCAUGUGAAGUGAAAUGUACAAAUUACAUUGAAGGUGAAGAAGAAUUAACCUGA